AUGCAGUUUAAUAUAAGAGAACAACCACAACCACAACAACAGCAAUAUAGCACAAGCGAACAUCAGGAUGACAAUACAAAUUAUAUAAAAAACCUCAACAACCCAUCAUCAAUGAGGUUUGUUUUAAGAACAACUGAUUCAAGUCCAUAUAAAAUAGAUCAUGACCUUAGUAAUGGAAGCAGUGAUGGUCGUAAUAGUACAGAAAAAGAUGAUAGACACCCAAUAUAUAAUUUAACUAGUAUGUCAAAAAAUGAUAACUAUGAAAACAAUAGCAAUACCAAUACUCCAAACAAUAAUGGUAAUAACAAUCACAAUAAUAAUAAUAGUAAUAGUAAAAAUAUAAAGAAAGACAGUAUAAAUGAUAGAACAUCAGAUCAAAAUGAAAUUAUAAAAUAUUUAGAUGAAAAAUUAGAGCAAAUGGAAAAAGAAAAUAGCUUUUUUACAUCAACAAUGGAAUACAAUUAUCAUAACAAUCAGAUAAACUAUCAAAAUUAUAAUGGUAACAAUAAUAGUGAUAUUAAUAAUAAAGGUUUAAAUUUUAACUCAUAUUUUAACCGAAAUCAAAACAACAAUAGCAACAAUAAUAAUAGUGAUUUUAAUAGUGAUCAUAAUAAUGAUAUUAAGCAUUCCUCCUCAUCACCAUCAUAUCAAAAAGCACAGGUACAGCGAACAACCCAAAAUCAAACAGCACCACCACCAAGAAACCAAAAUAACCACCAGAGCACUCAAUCACCAGGUAUAAACAAUUUAAGAAAUAAUAUAAACACAAAUAAUUUAAAUGUAAAUAAAAUUAAUAAAAAUAAAAUAAUUGAUAAUAAUUUAAGUUUUGUAAUGGAUUCAAUUAAAUUUGAAAUUCAAGAAUUAGACAAGGUAUUGUAUUGGAUGCUUACAUAUAAACCAUCCAACGAAAAGGAAAUUAACAAUUUAAGAGAACAAAUCUUUCUAAAGUCUCAACAAAUUGAAAAAUUAAACGAAACCAAAUAUUUAAUAUUUAAUCAAUAA